AUGUCUAUCUGCACGCGAACAAAAUCGGCCUACCAAGCGGCAUUUGAGACACCGAUUCUGAGUGACCCGGAUUUUCGCUGGGAGAUUGGUGCAAUAGGAAGUGCAACAGAGAAGCCAUGGGCCAGUCACGAGGAAGUUCUCAAGGGAGGAUGGACCAAGCUCCGGUGGCAGAGUACGUCGGGCCAUCGACACGAGAUCGGCUAUAAUGGUUUCUGGAGACAGAUUACUGGAUUGGCGGAAAAUGCUGCCUUGACCGUUCGCGGUGAUGCGGGCGACAGUGUGAAGAGCAGUAUAUUCCACACCUGGGUCCGUGAUGGGAGGAACCACCCCCUUCUUCCCUCAAGUGGUCUUUACGUCAAAACUCUCAACGAGAUCGCUGGCUGGGGACCCCUGAAAGGAGAUGUAUCAUUCUGGAAGUCGGAGAUCGAAGCUCAAGGAGCAGUGCCUAUUCCCAUUCCAGGAAUCAAGGGGGACAGCGGAGUCAGCUUUACGACCGGGUUCAGAGCCGGGUUGCUUUACCCUCUCAACCUCGACUCAAACCCCAGACCUCAGCCUUCUCGCAUUAAUGACCGUUUCCUGCUGGGAGGUCCUACCGAUGUCCGUGGCUUCCGUCAGAGUGGCCUUGGACCUCAUGAUGGAACUGAUGCUGUCGGUGGCGACGUUUACGCCGCAGGGAGCGCCAAUCUGUUCGUUCCUCUGCCCCGCGUGGGUGCCGACAAGCCAUUGCGACUACAAGCCUUUGUGAAUGGAGGCCGACUGUUAGCUUUGCGCACUUCCCAGAAGGGCACGCCUACGACAAACGAGGAGGUGAAGGAUGCCAUGGUCUCUACAAUCAGAGAGCUAAGCCACGGUCUUCCCAGCGUCGCGGCGGGCAUCGGACUGGUGUACGCGCAUCCUGUUGCCCGGUUCGAGCUGAACUUUUCUCUGCCUCUGAUCCUGCGCAAGGGUGAAGAAGGAAGAAAGGGAUUGCAGCUGGGAAUUGGUAUAAACUUUUUGUAA